AUGGCAGAACCUCCCAAAACACCGACUAAAGCAGCAACCCGGGUUUGUCGAACCUGCAACGAAAACAUAGUUGUGAAGAAUCAUCCUUUAGAUUUAUUUGGUGCAAAGGCAUCACAAGAAAACAUUCCUUCGGUUCUGGAAAGGUUCUUUGAGUUAAAAGUUGCGUUAAACGAUGGUCUCCCGUCAUAUAUCUGUAGAUGCUGUUACCAUAAAGUGGUGAAGUUCCAGGAAUUUUUUAGAAAAAUAGCGUUUUCGAAGCAACAACAAGAGUCAGUUUUACAAGUCAAAAGAGGGAAAACAACGGCAGAGAGUCCAUCGCUAAGAUCCCCGCAAACGAGACGUGACCUAAAGAAGAGCAGAACUUACGAAGACGCACCUGCUACAGAGCCCCAUAACAGAUCGCUUUUUCAGAUGCACAUGGACAAACCUUCGAAAACUCGACCACGGCCAAUACUUCCUGCACCUUCAUUAGAUCGCGACGCGAAAAAACGAAAACCUGCAAAGAGAGUUAAAUCCUCAACAGAGCCCUCAACGCUAUCAAAACAAGAAGAAAUCCUCUCUGAGUCUGGUUUGCUGAACCCAUUGGUAUUAUAUUAUAAUUGCUUUAUAAAUACAGAUAAGUAUCUCUUUGACAGCUAAUGUAAGACACUUAGCAUGACACAAGCUUGAUUAAAAAUUAGGGUAUAUUAUUCUGUAGUCUCGUACAGAGAUCAGGAUGCAAUUUCUCCUCACCUUGCAUGUAUUAGUAUCAUGUAUCACGUAUCAUGCAUGUGAGAAAAAAAUUAUAUACGGUAUAUAUACCAUGGCAAAUAUUGCUUCUCAGAGAAGCAAUAUUUGCCAUGGUAUAUAUACCGUAUAUAAUUUUUUUCUCACAUGCAUGAUACGUGAUACAUGAUACUAAUACAUGCAAGGUGAGGAGAAAUUGCAUCCUGAUCUCUGUACGAGACUACAGAAUAAUAUACCCUAAUUUUUAAUCAAGCUUGUGUCAUGCUAAGUGUCUUACAUUAGCUGUCAAAGAGAUACUUAUCUGUAUUUAUAAAGCAAUUAUAAUAUAGAUUAUUAGCUUGAAUUAUAAUAAAUAAUAUAAAAAAAUGCUUGUUGGGUUGUAUUUAAAUGUUUUUUUUUCUCUCUUGUAUAAUCUAAUUGCAUAAUGGUUGAGUUGUUGAGUUUCAGAUGACCUUAAUUUAGAGACCAUCCUGUUGUGUUUGAAGUAAACAUUCAAGCCAAAAAUGUAAGUAACCAGUAAGCUCUACUUUUCUUUUAUAAUCAAGUAGAAAGUGGUAUCAAAUUAUGUGUAAUACACUCCUUAUAGAUAAAGACAAUAAACAGUUACUGAAUGUCUGUAAUUUUAUGGAACUCAAUCUUGACUGCCCUUCACCCAAAAAGAAACUAACUAAAUAAAUAAAUCAUAAAAUUAAUAGAGAAAUUAACUUUAAUAUAUUUUUCUUUCUGGCUUUUUAAAAUUUAUAUUAGCUCAAAGAUGAGCCACUUUUGGAGGAAGGAACCAAAACUGUUGACACGUUGGCCACACUGAUGUUGACUGGAUGCACAACCCAUCAGAUUGCUGAGAUAAUCAUGCAAUGCCGACCUUUAAGAAAUGCAGUUAAGUGUUUGUUCUUGAACGAUGUGAAUGAACAGUGUCAGAAAAUUUGCAACAGGAGUGCUGAGAAUUCAUCUGUACUUCGUACUCCACCUUCCAAGCAUAAGGUAAUUACAGGGGUAAUUACUAACAACCUUAUGGUUAAGGCUAGUGUAGAAAGUAAAAUGCACUCAGGUAUUGUAAUUUUUUUAUAACCAAUAAAAUUUAAAAUUCACUUGAAAUUGGAAUUUAAUCAAAAUAUUCUUUUGGAACCCUAAAUAAAAAAUAAAUAAAUUAUGAUGCAUUUUUUAAUUAAGGGAAAUAACAUGAUAACAUACAAAUAUAUAAUUCUAUGUUCUAGAAAAAACUGACUGUUAAUCUAAUUCAAAUUGAUUUCUAAAUAGGAGUUGAAGAAUUUCUCCUGGGAAAAGGUUAUCACAGAAAUGAAGGAGCGUGUCCCUGAUGUACUGGAUGUCCUAGCUGUUGUAGCAAUUCCAAAUGUCACAGCUCAUGAAGACAGUGCAAAGCAGAUUGCCCCACUUUGUACUGCAUAUGGCAUAAAUAGAGAAUACUUCAUGGAAAGUGCUGGCGUACGGUAUUUACGCACGAGUUGUUGACGUAUCAGAAAUCGAACGAGUGAGCGCAGCGAACGAGUAAGAUUUCUGAUACAAAAACAACGAGUGCGUAAAUACCGUACAAAGCACUUUCCAUGUGGUAUUGUGUUUAUUAUAUACAUACUGAGUCAUUCAUCAUUUUGCGGGCCUUUUUAUUUUAAAUCUUUCAAAAAUGCUAAAAUUUGCCGCUACACACUUACCGCAAAAUGACAACGAAAACGAAGUAUCAGCUUUUUAGUAAAAACGUUUGUUAAAAACAUAAAUGACGGUGAGGAUAUGAGGUUUAAUCCAAGAACUAUAAGUAAUCUUAACUGUUUGUUCUCAAUGCACAAUUGAAAAUGAGUGAAUUUAAGUAAAAUGGCCGGUUUCAAUAUAAGCUUAAGCUUAAAUGAAAGGCAAAGUAGCUCCGACAAAAAGCACAACAAAAGCUUACGUCUCGUUCUGUUUAUCCCUUUCCGCUGUUGUUUCGCCGGCUCUCUACCGUAUUUUUUUAUCGACAGUGAAACAAACGAAACUAUUCCACCCAUUUCCGAAAUGUUUUUCACUUUUUAGCGAGAAAAACUCCUUGAGUAAAACUUUUCUCGUUGAUAAAUGUGUGCGAAGCGGCGCUGCAAGCUGCAAUAAAAGGCGGGAAUUUUGGCGCGAAACUCGCACACCUCUGUGGCUUCUGAUUGGACGUAUCAUUUUUCUCACACGUGAAAAAACAUCGUUCGCGAUUCUGAUUGGACGUAUCGUUUUUUUCACGUGUGAAAACCAUCGUUCGCUCCUCUGAUUGGCUAUAACUAAUUUGCGUACGAAAAUUUACGACAUAGCUUUUUGGUGAGUAUUUCUCAGUAUGUAUAUAAUAAUAAUGUUUACCCGGUGGAAAGAACUAAGCUUGAUACAGAAGAUGAACAGUAUAUUGCUCAGUACUGGUGAUGCCACUGAAAGGGUAUUUAAUGUAUCACAAUUAACUCCGCUUUCAUGUGCAUUAUUGCAGCCAUACCGGGGCUUUAAGGAGCAUUAUAGUUUAUUUUUGAUUGGUUAAAUUUUAUCUGUAGUGAAUCUUGCCAAAGACAAAUGCAGAUCUGGUAAUUUGUAUUUUAAUAUUCUGCAGACAACGAAGAGGCUUAACAGAGCAGGUGUAACAAUGACCAGGGAAACCUACAGGGGCAUCAUGGAUGACAUUGGGUCUGACUUAACAGGUAAAUGAACAUAUUAAAUAUGUUAAAUAAUAAUAAUUAACCCUCUUGAAUUUACAUGUUACUAGUUUUUCAUUAUUUACUAUAUGCUAGUAAGUCAGUCUUAAAUUUGAAAAUAAAGUAAACAAUUUGAAUACAUGUUUUACUUUAGAAACUCUGGAACAAUUCAAAAAAAAAUCUGUAAUUAAAAUGUAUUGUGUGUUAAAAAGGAGAGAAUCUGUCAAGUGGCAAGGAUCAGUCCUUAAAGAAAAGUUAAUAAUGAAACUUAUUUUCUUCCUUUUUAAUAUUUCAAUCUAGGUCUAUACAAUUAUGCAUAGAACUUCAUAAGCUGUCUAAAAGAAGUUUAAUUAAAACGCUUUGUUCUUCAUUUUUUAAAUUAACAGUCACUAUAAGAAGGCAUGUGUCAGCUGGAUGUGUACCCAGGUUAUUCUUUGAUAAUCUGGACUUCAAGGUAUUGGUUAACAUCAUACUGCAGAAUCACCGCCACUCAGAUAUGCAUUGGAUUGCUCAUUAUGUAACAUUCGACAGAGUACCCUGUGAUCACCUUGAUGAUUCCAAACCUAUAUCUGAUGGCACACGAUUUGAGAAUAUUGAGUACCUUCUGUGUCAAAGUGAACUUGAGAAGUUGCGAAGCGAUUUCAUCGUCUUAGUGGCCCGUAUUCUUGCUGAAUUCUUUGAAUUCAUGGAGCCUCUCAAAUCUGCCAUACCAAAGCAUAUCCAACACAGGUAGGAUAACUAUAAUUAAUUAUGAUAUGCUAUACAUGUAUUUAGUUUAAAAAAAGCCAAACUAGCCCAAAAAGGUUAUACAAUCCCACACUGGUCUGCCGUCUUACUCUUGGCCAUAGACAUCGUUGAUUUCCCUUUGUUCCUCAAGCAUAAAAAGGAAAUGGUCAAGACAAUGCCUUGCAGUUUUAAUAUAAAUAGAUUUAGCCAGGGCUAAAAGCGAAGCUCUAGUUAAUAAUACUUGACGUAAACAAAAAAAAUUAAAUCAUGUAAUGCUAAAUGGGGAGGGCAAUGAAAAUGGCAUCAAGAUCAAUAGGUCUAAUUAGCAAAGAAACAAAUUGCAUGUGCAGCACACUUUUUUUUUUCUUUCUUUGCCGCUGUUUUGCACAACUACAAUGCUGUUUUGUAGGACUAAAACGUCAAACUUCCUAGUUACACAUUAUUUUUAUGGAGAAAUUGUCAUAUAAUAUGUGCUUACCCAAUAUUUUGUCUCCUGUGUUCAUGCAUGAUUGCUUUAAUUUAUUUUUCACUGCCACUCAUUUUCACCUUGCUGGCUGCUAGCAUUUCUCAUUCUCACAACCACUUUGAAUUUUCAUGUUUUCCUUCCUACAAAAUUUGUCUCUUUUGUUUUCAAUCACUCGCUGUAGCUCUUUCUCUGUUAUCCACAUGAGUGUAAACAUCAAAAAUAACGUCGAAAAAGACACCACUUUUUGUUGUUGUUUUUUCUUUCUAAAAGUCCGGGCAGUCAUGCGAUUCUUUCCAAAUAAAACCUUGAGAUGCAUUUGAGUUGCCAUACCUGUUGAUUGAAUUAUUUUAAAUUGACAUACCUGUGGUGCGGACGGAUUGUGGGUCGGUCACGAUCAGUCGGUGUACGGUCGUGUUUUUUUGAAUGGGUAGUUUACCACAUUUUUUUACCCAUGGUGUUCCGCUGCGCGCGCUUCACGCAUGCGAGAGCUCCGAUAUCAAGUUUCUUGGUACGUAGACUAUACUUAAUUUGCUCCUUUAAUGAUGGUAUACAAGAGUUUGUCAUGUGCUAGGUGUGGUCUAUUUGUUAUUUAUUUGAGAUCAGAUGAUGAUAUUUAACUUAAAUUAAAAGAGCUUUGGUAUAUUGUGUUCAGGUACUCUGAAUUCAUGAACAAAAAGUCUGUCAUUAUUGGACUACCAGUGGUACCUUACAAUCAAUCCAAGCAUGCAGAUGUUUGCCAAUAUCUUGAAUAUGUUCAAAAGCUACUGGUUGAUAUCUACAAGCCACAGGUAAUUAAUCAUUAUUUAUUAAUUUUUCAAAGUCAAAUCAUAAAUUACAGGAUACAAGAUAGAAAAUCAUCAAAUGUCUCCACAAGGACUUCAAUGCUGGGUCAUAUAUCAUUAAAAUUCAAAAAAUAUAAAUAGCAAACAUAUGCCUUUCAUUCCCUGAUCAAGCUAUUAAAAUAUAGUCGCUGAGUAUUGAAAGAGCAUAACAGUUUCACUUGUCUUUGAACAUUUGAACCUGAUGUACCAAAUAGUUUUGGAGAAAAACUUGAAAUUUUGCAAGGAAUAUAUGAGCUCAUAGUGUUUUGCCACCCAGAAAUUUUGCAGUUUUUGAUGGCUAUUUCCUUUGUUACCUCUGAUUGCAAAGAGCUGAAAAUUGCACAAACUGCUCAGAAUAUCUAGCUCUUUCAACUUUUGAACCUAGCUUUUACAUACACUGACAUUUUCUAUGGGUAAACUCUCAUGCUAAUGAGCAAAAAUGCAAAUAAUGAUGUCAGCAAAGAUUUGCGAAUUGUUCUUAACAGAACCAAGACAUGCCAGUUAAUGCAGAUGAAGUACUCAAGAAUGUUAAAGUGCCACUGGGAGGAGACCUCCUUGGACGAGAAAGAAUUACUGGGGCCAAAAAGACUAGACUUGGGUGUGACAGUGCAGCAGAGAGAUUUGAAAGUAUUGUUGAGACGCCUGCACUUGGGCAUGCAAAACAAUCCUUUCUAGGGGUUAGUUUUUUAAUUAUUACAUAAUCUGAUUAUUCUUUAUUUUAACCAUUGUCUUUUGCUUUUUUUUUUUUCUGGUUUUGCCUAUGUUUGGUAAAAAGAUACUUAAGUUAAUGACUAAGUAACUUUAUUCCCAAUCAAAAAUGAAAAUAGCAGGAUGGGUCCAAGGGACAGCUAUUCAAAAUAUUUAAAAAAUAUUUCUUUAUCUUCAAUUAUCUGCUCAGAAUGCAUGCAGGUGGUACUCUUUCAAGAUUUAAAUAAUUUGCUUUUAACACAAUCUCAUUUCCAGAGGCCAAGGCAGCACUUUUUCCUUAGUUAUAUGUCGAAUCUGAGCAUUAGCCUGGUAGAGGUUUGAACUCACAACCUCCCACUUGACAAGCUGGCAGUCUUCCAGCUGUGCAAGGUCCAAGGUUUUCCAUGUCCAAAAUUGAAUUGUCAUUAAGGUCAAAAAACAUUUUCACCCUAAAUUAAAAUUUCUAUAAUUUAAAAACUAAAGAAAUUCAACAUGCAGUCUAUGUUGAAAGCAACCUGAAUUUCCUUUCAACUAUAUAAACAACAGAUAUUAGUCAGACAGAGUUCACAUAUAAAUCAAGUAGACAAUUAAUAAACAUUGCUUAUUCUUUUUAUAGUAUAUCUGGGAGCAACUUUACAAGCCAACUCCUGCAAGUGGUAGAAGAGACAUUGGCACCUUGUAUUACUUUAGGCAAAAUUUUGGACUUGUUAAUGUGCCACCAAGGGUUCAAGACAACUACUCAAGUUGUGAGUCACUGAUGUUGUCGGCAACAAAGGCUUACAUUUGUGCAGCAUUCAUGGCAUGGACAGGGACAACAGACACUGCUACCUCUCCAUCAUGGGUAAGCUCUAUUGCAAAGGAGAGAAAUUCAGCAGUCCAGUGGGAAAGCCUGCAAAUUCAAAUUGGCAAGUUUGUUGAUGAGUACGUGUUGACAGAGUUUGAUAUUGAAAGAGCCUGGCGGGAGCAGCUAGAACAACAAUGCCAACAGAAAGAAAACCAAAGGAGGUCUGCUGGCAAUGAUGAUGAGAUGACUGCAAUUUCAUCCCCUGCUCAGCAACCAUACUCUUCUGGUAUGUCUAUAAACAAUACUUUAACAUACAGUACAAUGCUGUGUGUGUGAAAAUGAAGUAUUAAACUACAUUAUUUCUAUUAAAAUUUUCAAAUAUUGGUAUAAGGCACCAGGGUGCAAAGAAAGUCAGUUUUGUGGUUUGCCAUUCAGGCAAGCUGUAGUUAAAUAGAACAUGUACUUGCCCAAGAGUCAUUUUAACUAUAGCCCAAAAAUAUAUUUUGAUGAGAGCCCUUGCGAAAUGAAUUCCCAGCUUUCUGGGAAUUCCUAGGAAUUCCCAAAAAUUCCCAACUAUGCAAAUCAGCCUUCAUCAAAUAAGCUUGGAAUUCUUGAGAAUUUUUGGGAAUGGCAAAUUAGGUCUCACUCUAGGCUUGGAAUCCCUAGGAAUUCCUAGGAAUUCUAAGUUUUACAAUUUUAGAAGCUUAAGAAUUGUUGAGAAUUUCUGGGAAUAGAAAAAUUCAGGCCAACUGGGCUUGGAAUUCCUGGGAAUUCCUAGGAAUUCUAAGUUAUGCAAAGUAGGAAUUCAGCUCAGGGAUGUUUAAAAAUCCGAAAGGCUUUAAAAAUUGUCGAAGAUUUCGUAGUCUUUUCUUAUUUCUUCACAUUUUAAUUUUAAGUGAUUGCACUGAAACAAUUCUAAACUUAUAAUACAGAACAUACUGGUAAUGUAUACUUCUAUACUUACAUUUCUAUAUUCAACCCAAUUUUUUUACCUAAUCUGGUAAUUCUGACAUGUGGCGAAUGCUGUUCACAAACCUCCAACCAGUAUUUAAAUUAAGAUAACAAUUUAACUUAUCUAAAUUACAUUAUUACAGCAUAUUACAGCAAUAAAUAUUUGAAGCUGUUACAUGUCCAGUGCACUUUCAGUGCAAAAUGUUGUCUGAAAUGAGAAGUCUCGUUUUUAAAAAUAUGAAGUGCAUAUCCAGUCUGAAAUGUACGUUGUUUAUCCACAUACUCCACGGAAAUUAGGCAAACGCACAAGACAUGGGCUGUCUUGAUUCCCUUCAACCCAAAAGCAUGGCAAGCCCGGCCAAGCCCGGAACAACGGCCACAACAUCGCAGUUCUUUGAUUGAUAAUGCGGUCCAACAUUUCUUUCCCAACUUAAAAGAACAACGUUAAGUUUACCUCUUGCUUUUAACACUUCAAAUGCGUUGCUUCAUCUUAAUUAACGUUGAAAAUAACUGCUAUUUUGACACAAACGGGAGCACGUCGCAAGAUUAGCUGCCAUGUUUUCUUGUUUCCCAGGCUUCCACGUGUGCCUUUGGCACAUGCGCGAUUUGAUUUACUUUGUCACGUACGACUUUUAAACCAAUAGAAAAGUGCCAAAUGAACUUCCGUUGAAUAGUUCAAAUUCACGCGGACUUCACAAGCAACAAAGUAUUUUCGUAAGACUGUCUUUCUAUUAUCCAUGUUAUUUUCGAGACAAAUUGAUCAAUUGCAAAGUUUGUGUUCACAUAAAGCAUGUUUGCAAGUGAGUUUACUCAGCUGGAUUAAUGCGGAAAGGUAUGUUUUCUAAUAACUUUGCGUAAAUAAGCUUAUAAAGUUCAAAGAUGCAUGCAAAGAUAUGCCAUUGAUCAGAUCUCUUUUUGCUGCUUUUUGUUUACUGCAGAUCGAAAUAACUGUACUCUUUGUUGCAAAUAGUCGGUGGAAUACUCUGAAAACUGUAUGUUCUGGCGCUACAAGGUUAUAGCAGACUUGUCAAGACCAAUGUUAGAUAAAAUAGGAGAAGAAAUAGCAUAAUAAGUAUACGUUUCCAAUGGCUACUUAUACAACACGUUAGAAGCAAUGUAAUUUCCAGUUAAUUUAUAAGGACUUGAGACUUGAACUUACAUAUAAAAUAUUAGAAUACAGCCGGUAGGUUUGUUCAUUUGAACUCUAAUUCAUAGUAUAAGUUGCAUAAGGUUUUAUAUUAAAUGCUUCUGGUACAUGUAAUCUUAAUAAUCGCUGCAAUAGUUAGGUCAGAAACAACUAGCACUAGCACUAGCACUUGCCUGAUGUGUGGACCUUCAGUUCAGAAGGCUGCAUCGGCAACAUUGGAAAAAGCAGUCAUUUAGCUUUUUUUCAUAUUCAUGACUCUAUUAAUUAUUUCGAAGAUGUUUAUUUACAUGCAUGUAUGUGGAAUGUGGUGAUGUGUAUGUUGGGUAAAAUAAAUUACAAAAAAGAGAAUGUUCAGCUGAUGUUGUCAUUUGGAUUAAAAACGAACACUAUCUAGAGAUUCCACCAACAGGGUAUGUUUUUAUAUUUUUUUUCAAUCAUGACUAGGUAUAUGUUACUUUACAUUAUCUCACUAUCUAGAGAUUCCACCUGAACAGGUUAUGUUUUACAUUUUUUUUUCAAUCAUGACUAUAGCGAUAGUUUACUUUACACUACAUGUAUAUCUAUGUGUAAGUAUAUCUAUAUCUAAGUUUAUUCAUAUGUAUAUAAGGACAUAGUUAUUAGAGGAGACUGGUUAUGAAAAGCUGCAAACAUCAAUGAUAAAAACAACAGUGCUGCAGUUUAGGUUGGAAGUACCGUGAAAGUGCACAAUCCUUUGUUUUCUGUUGGCAAAUUGUUACGGAAUAAAUUAAUGCAACGUUUUUAUUGGUCAAUACAAUCAAAAUGAUAGGAAUUCUUUUGAACGUUGUGCACUUUCAGGUCCACAGAAACAUAUAACAAAAGAGUCUGACGGGUUUCAUAACCAUUCCACUCAAUUAACUAUGACAAGGACUACAGUCAUUAUACUGAAUUAUUUGGUUCCUACUUCACAAAAAGUCAUUGUCUUAAAUUUGAUUUUUUGAGGUCACUUUUGUAAUUUUUGGAACAUUUAAACGAUCAGUGCAGUGAAAUUUUUAAGUCAAGUUAAAGCAGAAGUAUUUUUUGUUAACACGGAAAGCUAUUUUUCAGUCAUUGCUGGAAUAAACAUUGUUUCAGUUUUUGUACAUUUGCCUUAUGGAUUUCUGGUUCGGAGACCAAAAUAGCAACUUCUAGUACUAACUUCCUUAACAUAAGGGUUUAAAUGCAAAUCAGUUUUUGAUUCGAAUAUCCCUUAAUUCCGGCAGCAGGUCGAUUUGUUACAUCCCUAUUGACCUAGCUAUUCCAAGGAAUUCCUAGGAAUUCCUAGGAAUUUCCUAGGAAUUCCUAGGAAUUCCUAAGAAGUAAUCAUUCUGUUUAUAUUCUUUCAAGGAAUUCCUAGGAAUAUUUUCCAAGCCAACUGAUGAGUGAGCAAAGCUUGGAAUUCCUAGGAAUUCUUAGGAAUUCCAUGUUCCAAUUACCGUGAAAUUUCACACCUUGAUUCCUAGGAAUUCUUAGGAAAAUCCUAGGAAUUCCUAGGAAUUCUCAAUUCCAUUUCGCAAGGAGGAUCGAUCGACUGAUAACAGUUCUGUAAUUUGAAUUCUCCUAAAAAUUUCACUUGCCCAUCAGGCAAGUUAAGAAAAGAAUUCACUUGCCCGAUAGCAAAAUCCCCGAGCCAUGGGCUAUCAAAAGCGACUUUCUUUGCAUGUUGGGCACCUCUAGUUAUUAUUAAGCUCUGUUAGUAAGAAUAAUAAUUAUGACUAUCUUUCUGUCUUUAUAAACUACAGCUCUGAUCUUGUAAAUGGACAGCUCACCUCAAAAUCUACUUCACUGGACUGGAUUAGUCAAGCGAAAAUAGUGUUUUGCAAUGUUAUUUAUAAGUCAAGUAAAAUUCAUAUUUUUAUGGUCAUUAUUCCGCAGGUUCUGUUGUCAUUUUGCUGCAAAAAUCUGAAGAUUACAAAGUUCUAGCAGUUGGAAAAGUUGUUGAAGUUGAUGCCCACAUUUCUGUGCCAGAGAAGCAUGUUCCUGUCUUUGUACCAUCCAUUGAGGAAUGUGCCUCUGCUAUACUUGCACCUGGCAAUGUUGUGUUUUGGCCCACAGAUCUGCUUGCAGUGUACAGGUCUCCAACAAUGGGAACUGUAGAAACAUCACAGACAUCCAAUAGUAACCUCAACAGUAACAUUUCUGACAUCCCUCCUGGCAGUGAGGAAGAUCGCUAUCUCAAUUAUGGGUUGCAGGUAAUUCAACUGGGAAUGAUGCUCAUGCAGCUUAAUGAUACAGAGGGUGAGGGAGAUGGAGAGCGCAGCCUAAUUAACUGGAAGAUGCUUCUGUUGUAUUUUAGAAGUAGGCCAAGAGGGAAAAAAUAUGCCUUUGAGGCAAUGCGAUUCAUAACUUGUGUCAAGGGUUUAUACACAGAGAAGAUUGCCCAUAGAGUGUUACAUGGCCAGUUUGUAAAUCCAAAGGGAGGAAAAGGAUCCAAUUAUGCAAAUGAUUUAAAAAUGGAACACCUGGUUGGAGACAACAAGGUCUCUCUUAGGGGACUGUGUGGAAACAAAACGCUGAAAGCUGUCCAAAGAUGUUCUGCUGCAGCAUAUGGUCUUAAAGAAUGUUGCACCCAGUAUGACGAUGAGUGUGGCAUACACCCAGAGUCAACCAAGCACACUCAUGCUUGUACCACGCAAGAUGUCAAAGCAAUGUUAACUAUUGUGCAACAGGCUAGACCUUUUCAGUACCAAAAAGGUAGAACACUUCAAUCAUUUCCAAAUCUAACAAAGAGUCCUCUUGACCAGUUAGCACUGCUUAACACCUGGCUGACAAACCACAAGCGCAGGCUUUUUUCUGGUGUCCAUGACUGCAAUGAGGAAGACAAUGAGGAGGAGAAUGAAUUGAAUGAUGGUGAUGAAAACACACCAGAAGAAGAUGAUGUGGAUGAUUAA